CAGUUCAGCGUUGACAUUAAACAUUCUACAUAGAUUCUGUACUCAUUUAAAUAAAAGUAACACCGUUUGGAUUACGCGUGCUGCAAAUAUAAUUUCUCUUUAAUUCCGAAACCAAAAUACCAACCCUGUCCCGGGUGUUUCUCUCCAUAUUGACACCGGGAAUACGUAAGCGUUCGCGAUGGCAGGAUUUCCUUUGGAGUGGGAGUGCUAUUAAUCGAAACAUGUCCGCUAGAACAACGAAGCCAGACGACGAUUAUCAAAACCUCGUCUCUGAAAUGGGGAUCCUACGCUGCCGUCUGGAAAGCAAGUCUGAGGCGCUGCUGAUCUUGACUGGUGACCUGGAGCGCUGUCAAAGUGAGCGGGACCAAUAUAAGCUUAUGGCUGACCAGUUACGAGACCGGUACACCAUACUGAAAAAACGAAUUCAGUGCUGGGGUCCAUCAUUGGCUGGUGUCUAUGAUGUUACGGGCCACAGAGGGACGGCAGAAAAGAGUCUCGCACAGUUACUAUGUGACAUGAAGGAACAGAACAGAAAACUUCAGUCAGAAACAGACAGUCUCAGACAGAAACUUCAGGACGUAGAAGAAGACAACAAGCUUUUACGCCAGUACAUCAGCGAACGUCGGAACAGCCUCGAAAGUGAUUCCUGCGUGCCAUCUCUUGGCGCACUAAAUGAUAAGCAGGAGCUUGUGGGUGAAUUAGAGUCGCUCCGAGCAAAGUGCCUCCUGUUGGAGCGUGAUUUACAAGCAAUAUUUGAUGAGAAAGAGGAACUAGUGACGGCACGAGAUGCGUACCGCUGCAAGGUGGAGCGUCUCAACCAACAGCUGAACCUCGCUCUUCGCGGAGGAGGGGACUAUGUUCCUGUGGACGUGGAUGCAGUGCUUGCUGAAAACCGUUACCUGCAAGAGAAAAUUCAGCUAUUCCAGGAGGAAAAAUCUAUCCUUGCAACUUCUCUCACAAAAUACAAGAACAUUGUUGAGAAGAAGCGGGGUCGAGGAAUAAAUGCUGCCUGUAUCUCAAACAAGCAAAUUCAACAGCUUCUCCAGUGCACAUCUCCUGACCUCAACUCCGCAAACGGAGAUGUCCGUAGUCUCGUAUCCUCACUACUGGAAUCACUCAGUGAUAAGACCGUGGCCCUCAACCAUCAGAGGAAAGCAAACAAAAUGCUAGGAAAACGAAUAACUGAAUUAGAAAGUAUCUUAAAAUCCAACGGAUCGUGGAAAUCGCCAGUUUCUUGCCCACAGAAACAUUCUAGUGACUCCAUGUGCAAUGGUCUGCCAGAUGAUUCGGUGUGCGUUGAAAUAGAGAAACGAGAAGGCACAUCAGUAGAAUCAUCAGAAUCAGGUGAAGCACCCAGGACAGUUGUCAUACGGGGCUCCCAGUCAAGGUCGUCGUCAUCUCUCGUUGACGACGACGACCUCACACCGGAACUUCGACUGCUCAUCUCAAACGCCAUGCAAGAACUCAACACUGAAGAUGAGGCACAGGCAGCGGAAAGAGAAGCUUUGGCCAGUCCUGAUUUGAACUGUUGAUCUCGCUUUCACUGUGAUGCAACUCAUAAUAGUACCCAGGUGACCGAUUAUCAUUUGUCGCUAAGAAGGAUUAAGGACAAUGGCAUCGAUGAUGUUUCAUUGACUCCCAUCCUCCAGUUGGCUUUUCUCUCCAACAUGUGGCGUGGCAUUUAAACAUGCUAAAACUGACGAGUAAGGUUUUUAGUUACGCUCAUCUGUUGCACACAUUCUCGACCCUUUAGUGCGUAAAGUGGAAAUGCUCUACAGUGGUAUUCACUUAUAUUUGGGGCCUCUGUAAUGCACAUUGUCUUGAUUUGACAAUAUGGUCUCAAGAAUGGAACGGGAUGGUCUCCAGGGCACAUAUUCUUCACUUUCACAGCCUCAGAUCUCACAUCAACAUGUCAUAGGGCACUCAGGUUUGCUUCUACAAUACCACGUCGUGUAAUACGUCGUACGUGCACGGUUCUAUGCAGAGAUACAAUUGCACUCUUUACAACAAGAAAUGGCAUGCACACAUGUACAAAGGCACUGUAUUUCAAGCAAAUAAAAGUAAUUUAAUUUAUA